UGUAGAUGUAAUUGUAAUAAUAUAAAGAAAAAAAAUAUAAAACACGGUGAAUCACUCUGUAUGUUAUAGUAUUUAUAUUUUUGAAAUGGACAGAUAAUAAAAUUAUAUUUUUUUUAGUAAGUUAAUUAUUCUUUGAUUUGUAUUACAUUUUAAUUGCAAUUUAAUACUAGUUUGUUUCUAUCAAAUGAAUAUACAGUAAAAUAUUCGACAUGUCGUUUAGUGGUUUUAUUGAUUUUUUUCAGAAAGGAAAAGUAAGCGCAAGUAUUUUAUUGUACUUUUCAAUACCUAUUGUAAAAUAUUAAUUUGAAGCUUUUUUUUAGACUUUUAGACCAAAGAAAAAGUUUUCGCCUGGCACACUUCGUUACUCACUCUAUAAGCAUGCACAAGCUUCACUGAAUUCUGGUAUUAAUUUAAGAAGUGCAGUUAAAUUGCCACCCGGUGAAGACCUUUACGAUUGGAUUGCUGUUCACGGUAUUACUGAUUAUUAUAACAUCCUAUAUUUUGUACUAGAAAACUGGGUCCCACUUUCACUAUGUAUCGUUCAUUUAAAAUAUUCAACAAUUCAAUAAUUUAUACAUAAAUAUUGAAAUAAUUUUAUUAAUAUCCUUUCAAAAGAUAAAUAUAUACUUUACCCAAAUUAGAAGUCAGUGACAUAGCUAUAUAAAGUGCCCUUAGACAAAAUAUUAGCUCGCCUCUUUAAAAGAAAAUAGAAAUUAUACUCUUCAUUAUUAGUUUUAUCAGUUUAUCACUACAAGUGACACUUAAAUCGCAUUAAACCGUAUAAAUUAAGUAGGUUAAAUUUGUUAAUCAUUUACUAAUAAAUGCUCUUUACAUGCUAUAUUUAAAAUGUAUUAUCAAAAAACACUGAUGAUAUUUGAUGUCUAGGUAUCCAUGACCCAUUUUCAGUAUAUAUCUUCAAAUUAGAGGAAGCACCUGCUAAUCCUGUAAUCCUAAACUAUUUUUGAUUUUACUAAUUAAUAAUAAUUAAUGUAAAGUAAACUUAACACUAAUAUUAAUGAUACAAAAUCAAGUAAAACUUUAAAACUAUAUGACGCUUAAAACAUAGAAACGAACACUAUAAUUAAAAUUAAAUUAUUUGUUGGCUUUAAAUAUUUUAUUUACAUCAUGUAAUUUUGGAUUUAACAUAGACGAAUGUAAUAAAUACUAUUGCUAGUAUUAGUAACUUUAUUAAAAUGAAAUUUAGACAAUUUGGCAUAACUUAUGAAUUUAAGAGUAUAAUAUGUAACUUUAUUUAUUUUUUUAAAUUGAAUAUGUUAAAGUUAUAUUUACAAGUUAGUAAUUAUUUUUUUCAAUGUUGAUUAUUUUGUUCUUAAUCUAGGACAUCUAUUGUCUCAGUCCAACUACCGAACAACAUGCAAAAACAAUGUUAAUGCAAACUAAGUAAAACUAGCUUAAUUUUGAUUUUAGAGUAAAAGUACCCAUUUUGAAAUUUUUAGAGAAGAAUAUUUUGAAAGGAACCUCAUCAGAUUUUCAUAUUUUUCUAAAUAUAUAGCUUGAUAUAAAAGAUCUAAACGUUUUUUUGUUAGUUUUUUAAAAACUAACUUUUUAAUAGUUCAUAUUCAAUAAACUUAUGAAAUUCCUUUCACAAUCAAAUUAUUAUUCUCUAUAAAUUUCAUAAUAGGUUUUUCAUUCCAAAAUCUAAAUUAAGCUAGUUUAGAAAACAUGUAAAAUAAUUUGUGAAUUUUUUUUUAUUGUCUUUUUGUAGGUCAACUUUAGAAAUUCAAAUGGUAACCAGAAAAAAUUUCAUAAGUUAAUGGGGUGUCAGCUGAAAUGUUUGUUUUCUGUCAACCCAUCAACGAGAUAUUCCACUUUUUAUUUAAGGAGAAUUGUGGAAUUAUUCACUAUUCAAACGCCACUCGCUGUGCUAUGCCAAAUACUUAGUGUUCCAUUAAUUUUCUCCUACCUAAAUUUAAAAGUGUAAUAUCUUGUCAACGGGUUGACGGAAAUCAAUAAUGUUAACACCAAAAUUUAUUUAAACUAACACUAUCUAUUUAUGAAAUGUUUAGUAUAUCUAGGUUUCCAUUUGAAUUUCAAAAGUUGACAAAUUUUUUAAAUAUUUAUAAAUCAAAAAUUUUUCUAUUAUACAUUUUUAUCUAUUUUGAAAAUUUACAUGAUGGAAUGGCUAUAACAUAAAUUUUAAAUUAACCUGUAUAUAAUUAUUAAACAUUAAAUAAUUUUACUUAUAAUAGUUUUUGCAAAGAAUUACAUUUUUUUUUAUAAAGUAAAUUACCUUUUGUUAAAAAAAAAAAAAAAAUUAAAAUUAAUAAUUUAAAAUUGUUUACGCUAUAAUUAUAGCUUCUUAAAUAUUUAACAUAAUAAUAAAAUAAUUAAUUACUGCAUAUUUUUAUUUACAGUGGUCGAUUUCUUUAAUCGUAUAAAUUUGAUUUAUGGUACUGUCUGUGACUAUUGUACUGAAACUUCUUGUCCAACUAUGAGUGGCGGUCAAAAAUUUGAAUAUUUAUGGGCCGAUAAGGACAAAUAUAAAAAACCAACACAGCUACCAGCACCACGGUAUGUUUUACUGCUCAUGGAUUGGAUCGAAGCACAAAUUAAUAAUGAAAACCUAUUUCCCGUGUCUACAGGUAUUUUUCUAUGUAUUGUAAUAGGUACAACCAAAUAAUAAUUAAAUGAUAUUCAUACAAUUUAGGCCAAUGAAGGAAAUGAGCUAAGGCAGCGGAAUAUCAAAUAUAUUUAAAGUGACCUGAAUGACACGGAUAGGUUUUUUAAGAAUGGUUGUACAGUUUAAUUUUGUUAAAAUAAAGUUUGUUUAAUUUGUUUUAAAGUUUUCCGUGAAUUAAAUUAUUUGUUUUUUCUGUUAGUGUAGACAGAAGGUAUAUCACAGUAUACUGGAUACACGACAGUAAUUAAUUAAACAAAUUAAACAAUAUUUCAAUUUCCUACAAUUGGGGUAUUUAUUCAUAGAAUUCGAGGAGACUCAUCUGUGUCGUUCUGGUCGCCUAUAAUAUAUUAUUUAAAUGAUUUUAAACUGACAGUGUUAUUUAAAUGUGUUAAUUUUUUUUUUACUAUCAGGUUACUAAAUUAAAAUAUUAUUAAAUAGCUAACCAAUUAUGUAUUUUUAUUAUCAAUACUAUAAUUUUUCUAAUUACCUACUUGUUAUUUUGUUUCAUAUAUUUUAAUUGUUUUAAAUUUUUAAUGAUAACGUUUUUCUUUUGUUUGUUUGUGGUUAACCAUUUAAUGUUUUAAUUCAAUAACCUGAAGAUGAUAAAACACCAAAACUAAUUAUCAGUUAUUUAAUAAAUUAAAUAACACUUUAUUAUAUUAGUUGAAAAAUUAUUUACAAUGUUUUAUACAUAUAUUGUUUAUUUAUUAAUAUUUGGUGGCACAUCACAGUAUUAAUACAAUCCAAUAAAUGUUAUGAAUAUAUCAUUAAAACUAUUAUUUUUCUAUUAUUAACAGAUGUACCGUUUCCAAAAAGUUUUAUGCCACUUUGUAAAAAAAUACUGACUCGAUUAUUUAGAGUGUUUGUACAUGUUUAUAUACAUCAUUUUGAUCGAAUAGUAUCUAUUGGAGCAGUAAGUAUUAUUUUUUAAAUCUCGCAGUCAGAUAUUAUUUUUUAUUUAAAAAAAAAAAAAGUCAAUUUCUGAAUAAAUAAGUAAUGGAAUAUAAUUCAAAAUUAAUGAUAUAAGUAUGUAAUAUAAUUUAAAAUUAAUAAUUGUUUAAUAUUUAUUUUGUUGACGAAUACUAUGGCCAAUAUUAAUUAAAAAAUUGUCCACUGAUAUUUAAUUAUCAGCCACAAUCGAGCAUAAGUUCUUUAAAUGUUCACAAUAUAUAUUCAUAAACAAAUUAUUAUAUUACUAAUUUUUUAAUACCCUUUAUUAUUUGUAUUAUUAAAUUAAGACUUCUUUUGUUUUUUGAAAAACUUUUUCUGGCUCCCUUAUUUUUGUAUUUAUAACCCAUUUUAAAGGAAAAUAUAAGCUUAGAAGUAUUAAGUAAACACCUAUCUAAUGUCUCUCAUCUUAAGAUUAUUAAAGGUUUUUUUAAUCUGUACAAAAUCAUUACAAAUAUUUUUUAUCAUUUUGCAAUAUCUUGUGAAGUGUGAACAAUUACCUACUGUCUGUUUACUAAUACAUGUUUGCCAAUUUGUGGUAAAAAUAAACUUUAGUUAAUGCUAACCAAUACUUUAUAAAACUGUAAAACUAAUAUUAAUGGUUAUAAAAUUUAAAAAAUUUGCUUCAAUUUCUUCUCAUAAUUGGUAUAUUAUUAUUUAAGUCUAUAUACAUAUAACAUAAGGUUACUGCGUGUCUUUUGAUGUUCAUUAGCUAUUAACAAAAAUUAAACCUAAAUUGUCAAUGCAUCGUCUAUUUUUAUUUAGAUAAUUUUUUGAUUUAAUUUAUUUCAAUAAUUUUAUUAAAACAUUAAAUAACCUUUAUCUAGAUCUGUGUGUAAUUUUCUAAGUUUUAACAUUUGUUUUUCAGGAGCCACAUGUUAAUACUUGUUACAAGCACUUCUAUUAUUUCAUAACAGAGUUUGAACUAGUCAUUGAAAAAGAAUUGGAACCAUUGAUGGAAAUGACUUCAAAAAUGUGCCAAGAUUCCCUUUAGAAACAAGUAUUAUAUUACAGUAUUAAAAGAAAAUUGUUUUUCUUCUUUUUAAAAAAUACUAUGUGGCAUUUAUUUGUAAAUUUUGUUACCUUUAAAAUAUGAAUUUUUUUUUUUCUUAAAUAAAUUAUUGUUUAUGUUUUAAUAUUGAAUAGCAUAAUAAUUAAAAGAAAAAAGAACAGAAUUAAAAAUGUUUUUACUUUAUUUUUUAAAUAAUAAUUACAAAACUUAACCCUCUUGUGUACGAAUGCGCGCGUUUCCGUUGGUCAAUCUGAUGGAUAAUUCUUGCGCUCUAGAAACAAUGACUUUACGGCUUUUAGUAGAAACACCGUGAGCAAUUUCUGCACAAUAUUUCCUGUUUUGCAUCAUCAACAUGUCUAAUUCCUUAAAAUAAAAUCAAGCAGACAUAUGAGAAAUUGGUAAAAAUGUAUACAAUUGUCUUUUGAAUACUUACUCGAACAUUAUGUACAAGAACUUUACGGAAUUUGGUAGGUAACAUAUGUCUGGUCCUCUUGUCGCUACCAUAACCAACAUUUGGCAUCAAAUAUUGUCCCUUGAAUCUUCUUCGCACUCUGUUGUCAAUACCCUUGGGCUUACGCCAGUUGGGCUACACAAGAACCAAAUUAAUAACAGCCAGAAUAUUAUGUUUACUAAUUGAACUUACCUUGAGUUUGUCAUAACGGUCACUUUGAUGUCUGAUGAACUUCUUGGUGCGUUUUUUGAUGAUUUGAGGACGAUACUUGGGCUUGAUUGACAUUGUUAUA